AUGCAUGACGAGUUCGCCACAGCCCAGAAUCUGCUCGCCAAGUGGCGCCUGGCAGCCGCCUGUCUCUCACACAUCCCCGCCGGGCGCCUCGAGCUUGCCUUAGUCUGCGAUAUUGACCCUCACCACGAACGGGCACGAGAAGUCGCGUCGCUCGUCACCGCGCCGCUCCGCAUCAUCCCCCAGCUAAGAGAUUGUCGCAUCCGGCUUUGCAAGCUACCAGACGCAGGCCUCCAGCAGAUCGCCCAAGACGGCGUCUUCCAGGCACGCCGUAUCGCGCCCCCUCCGUACUACUCUCCCAAGCCGUCCGCCAGGACCCAGGCAACUUUGGUUGGCCUCCCGCGCGAACUCCGCCUUCGUGUCCUGGAGUACACCGAUCUCAUCGCCCCGGACAGAGAAGUCACAUGGAGCAGGCAGGACAAAGCCUACCUUACAGCUGCCCGUGGGGACGACUUGGAUAGGGACAACGUACGCGUGUUUUAUCACUGCUGGACUUCUUCCAGCUCAUCGCCGUCUUACCUCGGCUGUUUCUGCCGCCGUCGCCAUGCCGCCUUCUCCCUCGCAUGUAAGUGUUGGGCACCGCCUAGCCCGCUGUUUCUCGUCUGCCGUAUCUUGUGUGAGGACGCCCAGUUCACCUUCUUCUCCCGCAACCGCUUCAUCAUCCACGACUACAAGACCUCCAGGACCUGGGCCCUGCCUUGCUUCCCCGAAUACUCAGACGAAGAAGUUGAACCACCUGAAGACUCCCGGUACGAGUAUCCAGGCACUCGCUUCGCCGCCUCGCAGUUUUUCCGUGAAGUCGUCCCCACACACUGCCUCGCCCACCUCCGCUUCCUCGAGCUCGUUUUUCCGCCCUACCUCGCCCAGACCUGGCCCCGGGGUGAUGACCACCCAGUGCUGCAGGACUGGCAAGCGACCAUCGGCUGGCUCCUCGACAAGGUCAAUGCCCCAGCUCUCACGCUACGACUCGCUGGAGUAGAGGUCCAUUACGGGAGCCCACCCGAGUACCACAACCGCAUCUCCAAAUCCGACGCCAUCGACAUUGCGACGGCCCACAUGGAUCUCACGCGUCCCCUAAGGGCGUUGGGGGAUAUUGGUCUCGCCCGAUUUUUUGCGUACUUUCCUUGCCUUUGGGAGCUCGUACUGGCGCGUCAUCAACAUUAUGAAUGGAGGCCGCAGCUGGAAGCCAAGCAGAGGCAAUUCAAGGCUUCCUUUGAGCGCGUGGUUCUAGGGGAUCGCUACGAAACCCAGUAUGCAAACGGCAGAGAGGAGCCCGAGCCGAGCUUUUGGGCCAAGGCGCAUCAACGGAUUUAG